GUCAGGAAAACUACCAGCUACACCGUCAAGUCCUCUUCCUCUGGGGCAGCCCCUCGCAGCUUCAGCAGCAUGUCCUACUCUGGACCCAGCCAGGGGGCCUCUCGCCAGAGCUACAGCGCCCGUAGCUCCUAUGGAGGGGCCAACAGGGGCAUGGGAGGUGGGUUCGGGGCCGGUGGUGGAGGCGGCAGUUACAUCUCCAGCUCCUCAGCCUAUGGAGGUGGCAUGGGCCUGGGGAUGGGGAUGGGGAUGGGGAUGGGUGGUGGCGUUCAUGCCCCCAUCACCGCUGUCCAGGUGAACAAGAGCCUGCUUGCCCCCCUCAACCUGGAGAUCGACCCCAACAUCCAGAUCGUCCGUACCCAUGAGAAAGAACAGAUCAAGGGCCUCAACAACCGCUUCGCCUCCUUCAUUGACAAGGUCAGUCCUGGUAACCUGUCUCUGUCUAUCUGUCUGUCUGUAUUUCUGUCUGUGCCUAUCAAUAUCUCUGACAAUGUACUUUGCCAUGAGCUUAAACUCCUAGAAAACGUUUGACGUUGAAUGAAAAAGGGAAGUCCAGACAGUCUGUGGGAUGUUAUGAAUCUGUUCCAAUGCUGAGGUGUCUGUUGUGUAAUGAAUGUGGAAUAGUGGAGCAGAUGGAUGGAAAGGUCCACUUUGUGUAAUGCUGGUACACGCCAUGGGAGAUCUGUUACAGUGUGUUAGGUUGAAUACACGCACAAGCAAACUCAUCAGCUUGGAAAAGGGAAGAAAAUCUAGAAAGGACUUGUCUGAGACUGAACAAUGCACAUUUGCAGUCAAACAAACUGAUUGUGCUAGUUUUCUCUGGGUUCUCAAGAAUUCACAUCUAAUGGUUUUGCAGUAAUUGUCCUUUUAUAGUGAUGAAAACAGAAGUGCAGCAGGGUGGGGUGGGGGAGAGAGAUUCUACAGAAGGGUGUGUCUGUCUCUGGUUAGAGUAGCUAGUGAUCUGGUUUACCUUGGGAAUGGCUGCCCCUGCGGAGGGGUGUGGCCCGCUCUUUGGAGUGGUGUGGCCCACUCCUGCCCUGGUGGACACUCCAAAAAAAGUAAUACUCCUGGAACACAGACAGGACCAUUUUGUCAUCACCAUCAUUGUUACGUUUACAUACUUUUCAUAUUCUUAACAAGUCUUCGAUCAAUGGAGUGAAAUUCAAUGAAAGGGUAGUGUAUACGAAUACAUGGAGGGCAACAUCGGAACACGGUCAAACAUCAAUACAUAAUAUUUACAAGUGAUUGCAAUGUUUCAUAUUGCUUUAGUUUAAUUCAUGCCUGGGGGCGUUUUCUUAAUGGCUUUUCUACUGACCUAUCUGUCCCACACGCCUAGCCUGCUCCAGUGGGUUAGUUUUUUAAAGGGCAGCUGGUUUCAUGUUCUGGCUAACACCAGUGGAUUGGUUACAUAACAAGGAACAAAACUAAUCAGAAAGGGAUUUUACCAUUGCAUGUUUCUAAAGAGAAUAGAUAAUAGUUUGCAGAUGGCCCCUCCUUUUUUAUCUUGUGAUAACAAUUCCCUUUCCUACUUAUUUCUAAGUAUUGACUCUAAUCUAAUAGCAGUUGAGGCAGCCAUUUUAGGAUAAUUCCUGAAUCUCAGUCAGGAGCAAUGUCCACUGACAGUCAUCUAUCUAUUCUAUCCCCCUAUUAUAGACGAGCCAACAUGCUCUCGCCCUCCCCCAUUACACCUACCUUUACACUGCAGUUAAAUAUUUACCUUCUAGUUGGUUGGAUGGGGCCCGUCUAACUUUGUCCCGUUCCUCUCCAUUCUCUCUCAGGCCGGCGGUUGCCCCACCUCUUGACCUCGCCCUUUUAAAACAGGAAAACGUGGAGGAGGUCUAAAUAACUCUGUCACCAACUCUUUCCAUCUACCCCCUCUGCCUCCUGUCAGGAUGCACAUCGUAGCUCCCUUGAAAACAGCUGUCCCCACAAGCUCCAAACACUAAUUUAAGCAAUAAACACCCUAAUUUCUCCAUUGGAGGAUUAGAAAGUUCACAUGAGGACGGCAUGAGGAUAGCCAUGGUUAAGUCUUGUUAACCCACCAUCGAUGCUCCUAAAGUCCAGAAGGAAAAAAUAUAUUGUGAUAAUGUGAUAAACUUGUGAUCAAUGUGCUUAUCAAAUGAAUAAACAUAUACCCCCUCUUGCACACACACAGGUACGCUUCCUGGAACAGCAGAACAAGAUGCUGGAGACCAAGUGGGGCCUCCUCCAGGGACAGACCACCACCCGCUCCAACAUCGAUGCCAUGUUCGAGGCCUACAUCUCCAACCUGCGCAGACAGCUGGACGGCCUGGGCAACGACAAGAUGAAGCUGGAGGCUGACCUGCACAACAUGCAGGGCCUGGUGGAAGACUUCAAGAACAAGUGAGUUCGCUAUUCAUGUCUCUGCCUUUACUUAACAGAUGUCAUCAGCCAUAUUUUCAGAAAAUACUUUGCUUGGGCCUCUGCCUGGCCAGGUUCAUAGUACCAUUGGAGUGGUGCAGUAAAGGGCCAGGGAAAGCCUGUUAGUAGAGGGAGUUUGGAUUUAAUCAGUAACACAGGACACAACAGUAUUAUGUAAUCUCAGUACUAUAGAUGGACAACACCCAACUGUAGUCCAUUGUCGUCACAUCAUAGGGAUUACUACGUUGCACUGGCAUGUACUGGAGGAAACUUUAUAUUUUACUUGACUGGAGGUGAAAGUAAUUUAGAUGACAGAGCUGGAUGUCUUUCAGCUUCGCUUACAAAGAUCGCUGCGUCAUGGCGUCGGAACACGCACCAGUGCUUCCUAUCUGUCAGUCCUGACAAAUGAUAUGAGCACAUUAGCAGUCUGUGUCCUCAGGGGGAAAUAGAACAACGUAAAGAAACACCUCACAAGGUUGGCCCAGAUUCAAGAGUGCAGAGUAGAAAACGAUUCCCAAAGGCAUAGUUGUUGUGAACGUAGCACUCAUGCCCCCUAGUGUGAAAACGGUAUAUUAACUCUAUUACUAUAUCAUAAUAAUACACAGUUACAAUAUAAUUAUGAACAUUGAAAUAUAUAAAAUUGAAUGUUGAAUAUAUUAAUAUCUGAAAUAAAGCAAACAUUGCUCUCCAUCCUCAGGUAUGAAGAUGAGAUCAACAAGCGUACCGAGUGUGAAAACGACUUUGUGCUCAUCAAGAAGGUUAGUUACUUACGUUUUUAUCCCGUCAGUUUUUCUGGCCUUCUCUUGCUGUCAUCUUGCCAUCUUGUUAACAUCUGGAUUGUGAAUGUUCCUCUCAGGACGUGGACGAGGCCUACAUGAACAAGGUUGAGCUGGAGGCUAAGCUGGAGAGCCUGACAGAUGAAAUCAACUUCCUGAGGCAGAUCUAUGAUGAGGUAAGGCACUGAGCUCAUCACUUAGCUACUUCCUGUUUACGUUACUCGAUAACAGUUGGGUUCAAAAUAAAUACAUCAAGCCAUAACCUUAUAUACUGUAUCUAACUCCAUCUAUCUACCUAAUGUGCUAGGAAAUUACUACAACAACUGUUUGGAUUAGGAUUACAUUAUUGACUCUUCAGUUCUUAAUUAGGAUGACAUUAUUGACUCUUCAGUUCAUAAUUAGGAUGAUAUUAUUGGCUCUUCUUCUUAAUUAGACACUCAUUCAUUACAACCAGAUAUGUUGUUGGCAGCUUCCAACAACCGCCCGGAUUUGUUUUUUGCUUUAACUUUAUUUAUUUAUUGAGUGAUGGCAUAUGGUGUUGUUUGUGGUGUACACUGGAAUGGGUCUCUCUCUCUCAUGCUGGAUCUGCAGUUUUACUGACUUCUGUUAGGCAUCUUGUCUUUGAAGUCAAACUGCUGGAAUCAAUCUGGGUGGGUUUUCAUCUCUGGGGUAGGUGGAAGUCUGAAAGUCUUGUCUGCAAUAGGCCAAGUGUUUGAUGGUCUCUCUCUCUCCUUCUCUCUCUCUCUCUCUCUCCUCUCUCUCUCUCCUUCUCUCUCUCCAGGAGCUGCGUGAGCUGCAGGGCCAGAUCAAGGACACCUCAGUGGUGGUGGAGAUGGACAACAGCCGUAACCUGGACAUGGACUCCAUCGUGGCUGAAGUGCGCGCCCAGUAUGAGGACAUCGCCAACAAGAGCCGGGCCGAGGCCGAGACAUGGUACAAGAGCAAGGUAUAGUAAUGGGUUCCUCUAUGGUAGCUAAACAUGUUUUCUCCCUUUGGCCGCUAUGUUCAGGGCUGCUUAUAGCCUUUCAGUACACUGUAUGUAGUUCAGAUGAGAAAAAGUUUAUAUGUUUUCCACACUGAGCAUGUAUCACUAAGGAACUCUCUGCUUUCUUCCUGUUGGGUGUUUAGUAUGAGGAGAUGCAGACAUCUGCCACCAGAUAUGGGGAUGACCUGAGAUCAACCAAGACAGAGAUCGCCGACCUGAACCGCAUGAUCCAGAGACUGCAGUCUGAGAUCGAGUCCGUCAAGGGACAGGUACACAACCAAGACACUCAGCGCUAAUAAAGUACUAUCUUAUCUUAGUGUUAGAUUUGUGGCAUGUAGACCCAUGUGAUGUUGACAGAAUAUACUAUUUUCCAAGGGCAUUAACAAUUUGAUAAUAAGCAGAAAUAAUGACAUGCCAUGUCUUUGUCUUGUGUUAGCGUGCCAACCUGGAAUCCCAGAUCGCCGAGGCUGAGGAGCGCGGGGAGAUGGCGGUGAAGGAUGCCAAGCUCCGCAUCAGGGAUCUGGAGGAUGCGCUGCAGAGAGCCAAGCAGGACAUGGCCCGGCAGAUCAGAGAAUACCAGGACCUGAUGAACGUCAAACUGGCCCUGGACAUUGAGAUUGCCACCUACAGGAAGCUACUGGAGGGAGAGGAGGACAGGUGAGAUCUUGACAUCCACAAAAAUAGUACACGUCAGCUAAAGUACAGUGUAUUAUAUGGCAAUGGAAAUACUGUAUAUUACCAGAAACUAACAUUUUCAAUUGGUCUUCUUUUCACCACCAGGAUAGCAACUGGUAUCCAGUCCAUCAACAUUUCCAAACAGAGCUGUAAGUACAUGCUUUCUUCACAUAAAUAUAUGCCAUUUAGCAGAUUAUUUAAAUAAAACCCUGCGUUUUCCCCUUCUGUGUUGUGGUGCAUUUAAAACAUCCAUGGCAUUCAUGUUUGACCAACCUGUAUUUACCAGUUGUCUCUCUCUGUGUCACCUUACAGCAAGCUACAACUCCUUCCCCAUGGAGAGUGUUAACAGCAGCUACUCCAGUGGCUACUCCAGUGGCUUCGGUGGUGGAUACGGCGGUGGAUACGGCGGUGGAUACGGCAGUGGAUACGGUGGCAGCAGCUUCAGCUCCGGUAGCGGCUACGGCGGCGGCAGCACCAGCGUCACCACCCAGAACAAGAAGAGUGUCGUCAUCAAGAUGAUCGAGACCAAGGAUGGCAAAGUUGUCUCUGAGUCCUCUGAGGUGGUUGAUGAAUGA